AUUGUUCACUUGCUUUCGGUCCCACCUCGUGUUUAAGGCAUCCGGUCGCAAAGCAGCUGAGGAGAGCCAAGGCGGAAGGCGAUAGGAAGAAGGGAAGAGAGGGGAAGCUGCAAACUCACGAGUGAAAUGUAAAUGGGCCAGGGCCUAAGAGACGUGACAGCUGUUCCUGACGCCCGACCAUCCAUCCGUUGUCCAUCUACGAAGUCCAGCCCAUCAAAGCCGAUUCCGAACUUGAAUUCUGUAUGACUGAUUGCGGAGCUGUAUAAACUACAGGUUUGGAGCACCCGGAUCUGAGAAGCCUGUGGACACAGAUCAACCCUGCCCAGGACCAGAACACGCAUGGAAAGCACCUGUUGCAGAGGCUGGGUUUAGGAAAGGUGAAGGCCAUCUUCUGAGCUCUGUUCUUACUCAAACACAAGGAAGGCACUGCCCAGGAACGUUUCUUUGGAGGUUUCUGCCGACUGGGCUGAUUUUGUUCACAGAAAGCCCAAGCAUCUUGCAUUCAGAUACCCAACUGUUGUCAGACAUGGCUAGCAUCCUUGCUCGGAUGGGUAACAGCCGAAGGCAGAACGCAGCUUUUCUGCCUUUGGCCCAUUCCAUGCUGAGGGCCCUGGGGAGGAGUCUUGGUCCUUUGCUAGCCAACAUAGCAGAUAGAAACAUGAAAUUGUUUUCUGGGAGGGCAGAGCUGGCCCAGGGGGAAGAAACCUUUGAGAACUGGCUAAGCCAAGUCCAGGAGGUCCUGCCAGACUGGCACAUGUCUGAGGAGGAAAAGCUUAAACGCCUGAUGAGAACCCUCAGGGGCCCUGCCCGGGAGGUCAUGCGUUUGCUCCAGGCUGCCAAUCCCAAUUUAAAUGUGGCAGAAUUUCUUCGGGGAAUGAAACUGGUGUUUGGGGAGUCUGAGAGCAGUGUGACAGCUCAUGGUAAAUUUUUAAACACCCUGCAGGCACAUGGAGAAAAACCUUCCCUGUAUAUGAUCCGUUUAGAGGUGCAGCUGCAGAAUGCAAUCCAGGCAGGGGUCCUUGCUGAGGGGGAGGCAAACAGGAUUCGCAUGCACCAGCUUCUUGUAGGGGCUGAGCUCAGUAGGGACCUGCGCAUCAAGCUUAAGGGGCUUCUCCAAAUGCAUGCAUAUAAUGAGCAGGAAAGCCUUCCUGACUUCCUGGAGUUAAUCAGGAUGGUAAGGGAGGAAGAAGAGUGGGAUGACACUUUUUUUAAACAUAAGCGGCCCAGAAGAUCUGAGACAAUAAUGGAGAGGGCUGCCAGCCCUAUAGUCUUUCAGGGCUCCCUGCCUAUAGUGAUAGGCAGCACUGACUGCAAUGUAAUAGAGAUAGAUGACUCCCAGGAUGACUCAGAUGAAGAUGUGAUCCUGGUGGAGCCCGAGGACCCUCCACUGCCAUCCCCGGAUGCCCCCUCCCUCCAAGGCAGAGCCACUACACAGGAUGAAAUGCUAGCUAUUGAAUCUCCCAACAAUUUUGAUGAUGAGUCUCCUUCCACUAGCAGUGGUUCUGGGCAAAGGAAUAAUGGGCCUGGGGAUCUACGCAGAACCAGAAAGCGAAAGUACCCAAUCCGCUGUCCCCACUGUGGUGAGGAGGGGCAUGCAAAAGAAACCUGUGACAACACCAGCAACAAGGUCCAGGUUUUUGAGAAUCUGAUAGUCACUCUUCAGGAGCUGACUCAUAUGGAGAGAUCAAAACCCCCUACACCAUACUAAGGUGUGAGCCUCAGCCCCAGAUCAAUAUUUAACUCUAUCCAGAAGCUGAUUCUGCAGGAAACAAGGAUGGGGUGGGUUUCGAAAGGAAUUUAUUCAAAAGCAGUCUUCUUUGGGGAAGACAAAGCAGGCUUGCAUACCACAUAAAGGAGAGGGAUGGCCCCCACAUCAUUCCGUGCUUAUUCCUCUGACUGCUUAAUGGUUGUUUCCCUGUGUGUAUUUCUGUGGUGAUUUAAAUCUGUUCAUGAAGUGGUAUCUUUCUGAACCUUCCAAAUGAAAUUUUAAAAAAAUCCCUAAAGUAUGCAUUACCUGAAAUUCUCACCCUGAUACAAUCGUUGUCAACCCUUUGGUGAUUGUCCUUCUGUAUAUUUUCCUGUACCUGUGUGCCUGUAUAUUU